AUGGGCAGAGAUGAAUCUCAAUUGAUCCAAAGAAUCGUUGAAGCCACAUUGAGCAAAUUGAAUCGUACACUUCUACAUGUUGCCAAAUACCCAGUUGGAAUUGAAUCCCAUCUACAGAAGUUGCAUCCAUUAAUAAGUGCCGCAGAAAAAGACAAAAUUCGAUUCAGAGGGAUCUAUGGGAUUGGUGGAAUAGGAAAGUCCACUAUUACUAAAGCCUGUUUCAACAUAUUUGCUGAUGAAUUUGAAGGUUCUAGGUACCUUGCAAAUGUCAGAGAAACAUCAAAGAACCACUCUGGUUUACUCAAACUACAAGAAACACUUUUGUUCGACAUGCCAGUGGACAAAAAUUUAAAGAUUAGCAAUAUUCAUAGAGGUAUCAACAUUAUAAGGGAAAGGCUCUGUCAUAAAAGCGUACUUCUUAUUCUUGACGAUGUAGAUGAACUCGAUCAGUUGGAGACAUUAGCAAGAGGGCACGAGUGGUUUGGUAUAGGAAGUAGAAUCAUCAUAACUACUAGAAACAAGCACUUACCAACCACUUGUGAAGCUAAUGGAAUAUACGAAGUCCAGGGAUUAGAUUAUCCGAGAGCUCUUGAACUCUUCAGUUGGAAUGCUUUCAAAAGAAAUGAACUUAUUGAAGAAUACCUUCUACUAUUAGAUCUCAUUUUAAGUUAUGCUAAUGGCCUUCCUUUAGCUCUUGAAGUAUUGGGUUCCUUUCUGUAUGGAAGGCAAAAAAAUCAAUGGGAAAGUUCUGUACAGAAUUUGAAAAACAAACCCAGCAAGAAGUUAUAUGACAUACUUAAAAUAAGCCAAGAUGCUUUAAAUGAUGAAGAGAAGGCUAUUGUCCUUGAUAUUGCAUGUUUCUUUGUUGGAAAGGACAAAGAUUAUGUUACCCAAGUCAUUUAUGUGCCGACAUUGGGAUUGAAGUUCUCAUCGAUACGUCUCUCGUCACGAUAG